AUGUUUUCAGAUUCCCUGCAAAAACCGACUCAUAGGAAUCCCCCGAAUAAACGGACCAAACAGACAUUUGUCCGUCUGUCCGAUCGGACGUGUCAAACUGCUUCCAUCAAGGAGUUUCCAAUGAAUGGUCUCCAAGAGAGCAAUUUCAACACGCGCUACUACUCCCACAAAUACAACAAAGCCGGUCUCGACUAUGAAUUGGGAAUUUCGCUAGUCGACAAUCGGCUGUUGUGGAUCCGUGGUCCCUUUCCGGCGGGGACAAAUGAACUUACUGUGCUGAGGGAACAAGGGCUGCUUGCGGAACUCAAGCGACGAAAACAAUCCGCCAUUGGCGAUAAAGGCUACAAUGGUGAACCUAACCACGUCAGCACAUACAACUCGCACGAUAAUGCUGGAGUCAAGCUCUUCAAGAGCCGAGCUCUCAAGAGACAUGAAAACUUUAACAAUUUGUUGAAGCAAAACAACAUUUUGGAUACCCGUUUCCGUCACAACGAAACAAGGUUCAGGGACGCGUUUGAAGCUUGUUGCGUUCUGGCACAAUAUCGCAUCCAAGGGGAGAUUCCACUCUACGAAAUUCUAAUUGAAGAUGUUGUAGAUAGAUAUAACGAAGAUAGACAAGAGUUCUAG